AGAAAGAAGGAGCACAACCCGUUAGAGUGCGACAAUACCCAAUUAGUUUAGAAGCCAGGAAAGGAAUAGCUCCUAUGAUCACACAGUUUUUAAUUUUAGGGAUAUUAAAAGAAUGUGAGUCAGAGUUUAAUACUCCCAUUUUUCCGAUAAAAAAAAAUGGUAAGUAUAGGUUAGUGCAAGACUUUAGAGCAGUAAACCUCAUCACAAAAGAUAUCCACCCGGUUGUAGCUAACCCUUACACCUUGUUAACAUCUGUUUCUGAGAGAUUUCAGUGGUUUACAGUGAUUGAUCUAAAGGAUGCCUUCUUCUGCAUACCACUGGCACGGGAAAGUUGGAAAAUCUUUGCCUUUGAAUGGGAGAACCCAGAGACUGGACGGAAGCUACAGCUUACUUGGACUCGAUUACCACAAGGAUUCAAAUGCUCACCCACGAUAUUUGGUAAUCAGUUAGCAAAGGAACUUGAAGAAUGGAAGACUACUCAGGUAAAAGAAUCUCUUUUUUUCAUAUAUAAUCUUCAAUAUGUUGAUGACAUCUUUUUGAGAAAUACAGAGCAGGGACUCUGCCGUCAAUUAACCAUUGAACUGUUAAAUAUGCUGGGACAAGCAGGCUACCGAGUCUCAAAAGAAAAAGCACAACUAGUAAAACAGAAAGUUAUUUAUCUAGGAUGUGAAAUCUCCCAAGGAACCCGACGCUUAGGAACAAAUAGGGUUCAAGCAAUAUGUGCUAUUCCUGUGCCCCGAAAUAAUCAGGAACUGAGAUCUUUUUUAGGAAUGGUCGGAUGGUGCAGACUGUGGAUUCCCAACUUUGGACUAAUUGCCAGACCCUUAUAUGAAGCAGUAAAGGAGCCCAAGCUGACCUGGGGGACGAAGCAAGAGAAAGCGUUCCAGGAAUUGAAAAGAGCUCUCCAGGAAGCACCUGCCCUGGGACUGCCGGACCCAACCAAGGAGUUUCAGCUCUAUGUCUGCGAGAGACAACGAAUGGCUUUAGGAGUCCUCACUCAGCGUCUAGGAUCCUGGAAAAGACCUGUUGGAUAUUUCUCCAAACGGCUAGACGCAGUAAGUGGGGGAUGGCCAGGGUGUCUCAGAGCUGUGGCAGCAACGGUUAUUUUAAUACAAGAAGCACGAAAAUUGACUCUGGGAAAACACAUGGUAGUGUACGUACCCCACAUGGUCAUAGCAGUUUUGGAACAAAAAGGGGGGCAUUGGCUCUCAUCUAGCCGUAUGUUACAGUAUCAAGCUUUGUUGAGAGAACAAGAUGAUGUUGAACUGAAAAUCACUAACCAUCUCAACCCAGCAGAAUUCCUUAGGUCUACACAGGAAGAAGGUAUUCUGGAGCAUGACUGUGUAGAGACCAUUGAACAAGUCUACGCGAGCAGAAGAGACUUGAAGGACGAGCCAUUGGCAGAUCCUGACUGGGAAUUGUUCACUGAUGGAUCUAGCUUUGUGGAGAACGGCACCAGGUAUGCUGGGUAUGCAGUGGUCACUGAACAAGAAGUGAUAGAAGCAAAUGCACUACCCCCAGGUACGUCUGCACAAAAGGCCGAAAUAUGGGCAUUGGUGAGAGCUUUAAUAUUAAGCCAAGGAAAGAGAGUUAACAUAUGGACUGACUCCAAAUAUGCUUUUGGGGUAGUUCAUGUUCACGGAGCACUCUGGAAAGAGAGAGGACUUCUUACUUCUCAAGGGACAAUGAUUAAACAUCGGGAAGAAAUUUUACAAUUGCUAGAGGCAAUACACAAGCCCUCAGCAGUGGCAAUAAUGCAUGUAAAAGGACAUCAGAGAGAUCCCGGACGAGAAUUUCGAGGUAAUCGACAGGCUGACCAAGCGGCUAAGCAGGCCGCAAGAGAAGUAUGGACUCAGAUGGUUCUUUUGCCUGUUCGAAAUAAUCCAGCAAUACCAUAUAUGGAAGAAAAACCACAUUAUUCACAGGAAGAUGAGAAAUUAGCUCAAAUGACAAAUGCAAAGAAAAAUGUUAAAGGGUGGUACAUUUCCCCCAUAGGACAAGUGAUUCUACCUGUCAGAAUAAUGAAAGCAGUGCUUGAAACAGAACACAAUAAGUGCCACUGGGGUGCAGAAGCAUUGGUAAAAUUUUUGAAAAAUGAGGUUCUCUCAAACCAGAUGUUAACAUUGGCAAAAAGGGUAAAUGCAAUGUGUCCUAUGUGCAUAAAGAAUAACCCAGUAGUCAGGAAGCAGGUGCAGAUGGGAAAAUUACAGAUAGGUCAGUUACCGGGAGAUUACUGGCAAGUAGAUUUUUCUGAGUUGCCUAAAGCCCAAUCCUAUAAGUAUUUGUUAGUAUAUGUCUGCACCUUUUCAGGAUGGCCUGAGGCUUUUCCCUGUAGGACUAAUCAAGCAAAGGAAGUGGUAAAAACUCUCUUGAGGGAAAUCAUCCCAAGAUUUGGAGUUCCCCUAGGGUUGUCCUCUGAUCGAGGACCGCACUUUAUAGCAGGAAUAGUACAAGAUGUGUCAGUUGUAUUAGGGAUAACAUGGAAUCUCCAUACACCAUGGAGACCACAGUCUAGUGGACAAGUUGAAAGGAUGAAUCAGACAUUGAAAGGUCAAUUGAAGAAAAUUUGUCAGGAGGCAAAGAUUCCGUGGCCCCAAGCAGUAUCCAUUGCCUUGUUGAGAAUUAGGAUCAAACCAAGGGAGAGAAUAGGAGUAAGUCCAUAUGAAAUAUUAUAUGGCAAACCUUAUCAUGCAGCUACUUACCAAGGGGAUCCUCAUAUAGUAGGUGAUCAAGCAGUGUUUAAUUAUGUGUUAUCUUUAAAUAAGACUCUCACAGCCCUCAGAGGAGCGUUGCAGUGGAAUCGACCUUUGCCCCUGGAGAAUCCAGUGCAUGACAUUUCUCCAGGAGAUCAUGUCUACGUGAGAAACUGGUCGGUGGAGCCGCUGAAAGAAACAUGGGACGGUCCUCGCCAGGUGAUCAUGACGACCUACACGGCAGUGAAGGUCGAAGGAAUCGACAGCUGGAUCCAUUAUACUCGGGUCAAGAAAGUUCCAGUUUCGUG